AUGGCGUGUAGGGUGACCUCAGGGUUUAGGUUACGGAUUUUGACCAAGAUGCUGGCAAAGCAUUCCAUGAACUUCCUCAGUGGUUCACCUCACCAGAGUGUCGAAUUGGUGGCUAGGAAACCGAGUGACCUUCUUCCUCGUUUUGAUUGCUUGGCUGAGGGGGCUGGUCAGAGGGGAACCGAGGAAGCUGGGCGCGGACACGCUCAUUAUCGGCUCGUAGUGCAGCUAGUUCAGCUUCGUGUCGGACACGGAUGUUUUCCAGGUCGACAGCGUGUUGUUGCCUCAUUUGAUCGACCUGCUCGAUCAGCUGCCUCUCUGUCACUUCGCCUUCCAUUCUUGUUGCGUGAUCUUGUUCGUCAGUUGCUCGUCUACUAUGGCUUCGGGAACAAGCUUGAUGAAUUUGGAAUCAUUACAAGAAAUAAAGCAAGACUUGUUGCUAAGGGGUAUAAUCAAGAAGAGGGAAUUGAUUAUGAUGAGACAUUCGCCCCUUGGCGUCGAAAACAAGAAUGCUUCACCAAAAACGACAUCGUCUUCGCGAACCGACCCCAAUUUAUCGCCGGCAAGUACAUCCAGUACAACUUCACCACCAUGGCGUCGUCCAACUACGGCGACCACUGGCGCAACCUCCGCCGCAUCAUAGCGCUCGAGGUUCUCUCAACGCAACGUUUAAACUCCUUCGCAGAUAUCCGAAGGGACGAGGCCAUGAGGGUCGUUAAAAAGCUAGCUCAGCGCUCACGCAAUGGUUUCGCCAAAGUGGAACUAAAAUCCAUGUUUUCGGAAAUGAUGUUCAACACCGUGUUGAGGAUGGUGUCGAGGAAGAGGUACUAUGGUGAGGACUGUGAGAUGAGUAACGUGAAGGAAGCAAAAGAGUUUAGAGAGAUGAUUCAUGAUUUGUUGUCAUUAAUGGGCCCGAGCAACCCUGGAGACUUUCUGCCUUUGGUGAGGUUGUUUGAUUUGGAUGGUUUGGAGAAGAAGCUGAAGAGUGUUAGUAAGAGAAGUGAUGCGUUCUUCCAAGGGCUCAUUGACGAGCAUCGUAAUGGGAAACGCAUUGCUAAUACUAUGAUAGACUAUCUCCUAACUCAACAACGAUCACAACCUGAAUACUACACGGAUCAAAUCAUUAAAGGACUUGCUCUGAGUAUCAUAUUUGCUGGAACAGACACAUCAACCUUAACUUUAGAAUGGGCCAUGUCUAAUUUAUUAAAUCAUCCAGAAAUAUUGGAAAAGGCAAAAAAGGAAUUAGACACUUGUAUUGAAAAAAAUCGCCUAGUUGAUGAACAUGAUAUUUCAAAACUCUCCUAUAUCCAAUGUAUUAUAUAUGAGACACUUCGGUUAUAUCCUGCUGGUCCAUUAUUAUUACCCCAUUUGUCUUCAGAAGAUUGCACCAUAGGAGAAUAUGAUGUACCACAAAACACAAUUUUGUUACUGAAUGCAUGGGCUAUUCAUAGAGAUCCCAUGUUGUGGAAUGACCCUACACACUUUAAGCCAGAGAGGUUUGAGAAAGAAGGUGAAGCAAACAAACUACUUACAUUUGGGUUAGGAAGAAGGGCUUGUCCUGGAGAAAACAUGGCUCAACGCUCAAUGAAUUUAACUCUAGCCUUAUUAAUUCAAUGUUUUGAGUGGAGAAACACCAAUAAAGAAAUUGAUAUGACCGAAGGAAAAGAAGCUGUUAUGUCAAAAAAAUAUCCCUUGGAAGCUAUGUGCCAAGUGCGCCAAUCACUUGCAAUCAAGGAUAUGUGUUAACCAUUAAUAUUGUUAUAAGGAUAUACAUGUUAUAAUGUUUUUGAAUAAGUUAUGAGAAUAUAUAUGUUAUUGUAUCAUGGUGGUUCUGUGAUGGCAGUACCCGAUACUAGAAUAUUAAUAAUGUUAAUAACAUUUGUGUUAAAGUAAA